AGCUUAGAAGAAGCAGAAAAAAAGAGGCUAUGUUCAGCUUCUUCCGAAAAAGUCAAGAGUCAAAGAAGGUUACAGUGCCGGAGAGAGAAGCAGAUGGAUUUGUUAUUGUGGGUGACACCAUUGAUGAUCAUAAUAGAGAAUCAAAGGAUAAAACUUCAUUUCCAGAGACCAGACCAAUGUACAACCAACCUCCACAGCUAAACACAGGGCACAGAUCACAGCUGACUACAUCAAGUACAGAGGUGGGAAAUGAAAGGAGUCAAAAUUUGGAAAGCAGCUCUUUGAUGUCAGAUCUUCUGAGUGAUGUCCCCUUUGCCCUGGCACCACAUGUGUUAGCAGUGCAGAGCACCCGUAAUGACGUUCCUGACCAGCUGCUCACCUGUAACGUCAGUGAGAAUUUAUCAAGGUUUUGGUAUGACUUUACACUUGAAAAUUCAGUGCUUUGUGACCCAUAAUGCUUGCUUGAUUUUUUUUUUUUUCUUUUUUCCUUGUCUGUUGUCAAGGAACAAGUCUUAAGGUGAAGAUAAAGACUGAUUUAAUCAAAUUAAUAUUUUGGGGGCCUGCUACUGGCAUUGCAUCAAAAGGAUUGUUAUACACAACUGUGUUAUGCUUCUUAGCUUUAAGUGAGCUAUAACUUAACCAUGCUAAAUAUAUCUGUUUAUUGCCAAAGAAAUGGUGCAAAACUGUGUCAACCUGAGCAGGAGACUGGCUGUUGGUGUCUACUUACAGUAGGUAGGCUGCAGAUACAAACAUUUCAUAGCUUCAAGAUGAAGUCUACUCGUGUCUGCACUGUUGUGUUGUUUCACUCAGAUCAUUUUACCUGUGUUAAGAUCAUUUUCUACUGCUAGAAACCAGUAUUAACACUGAAGCAAUGCUGCUUUGCACAACUGGGCAGACAGCUUUUAAGGUUAAACCAAGUUUUAAGGCUUCAGAAUUAAUUAUGAGCAACUAAAUAAUAAUGAAGACUUACCAGAAUUGGUAAAACUUACCCAAUUCAAAGUGCACAUCGGUUGCUCUGCUCCUUUCCCAGUAGAGGGUAUUUUUGUCCAUCACAUUUUGUGCCUGGAGAAGUCCUCCCUGCCUGCCUGUUGACUGCUGUUUGUUCUCAGCACCACAUGUGUUCCUGAUUUAUACACAGAUCAGCUUUUCCACUUUAACCUCUUUGCCCCCUGAAGAAGGAAAUCUCAGGACACACAAUUUUAAUGGUCACACCCUUCUUUUUUUAAUUUGUGUGCCAGAGAUACAGAUGGCAAUGUUUAACAACAGGAAAACAUUACAUUGUUUCUUAUCCAGCUAAAUUAAAUGGCUAAGUACCUAAACAUGCCUUCUGACAGACCACUGUGUCCCCUGCUCACAAGCUUGGAGCCUGGUUUUCCCCAACUAAAACCAGAGCUGCUGUUGCAUGACCAACAGUUCUCUGAUGUGCCAUCAUCAUUUGUGAUGAAUAAUGAUCUGUGUCACACAAAAGACUGCACUUGUUUUCUCUCCAGGGUAGAAUAUUUAUAUCCUACCAAAUGUGAGUAGCUAUUUUCAUCUAUUCUCUGUGUUUAAAAUACAGACUUGCAUCUUCUUGCAGUGUUUGAGAUAAAUGCUGUAAAUGAUGGAGAAAUGAACAUUGUGAAUAUGUCUUGGGGUGUUUUCAUG